GCUGUGACUAUACCAAUAAUAUAAUGAAUUCUUUUUUCAAAUAACUUUCAUAUUUAAUUGAUGUUCUAUUUGAUUCCAUGAUCAUCACUGUUAUUCUUGUUAUUAUGAUUACUAAAAAUUAAAACAUGUUAAAGUCAGUCAACUAACAGUGCUGUUAGUUAUUAUAUAGGAAAAUUAGUUAUGAAGUUCCUAUGCGCAUUUACAUACAUGCGUUUAAAAACAAUUGUGAUCUGCGACAUCAAAACAAUGUAAUUCUUCAAUGCUUCAAACGUUGUUAUUCUACAUACGUUGUUCUACGUGAAAUCGCUGAAGACGUUAAAGUAUUACGAUAAAGUUACAAUUUGUUACCAUAGUUUAUAAAAUUUUAAUUGUAUAAAAGAUAUAUCUAUUAAUAUGUUAAACCAACAAUAUCAAGUUUUACAUCCCGACUCGUAUAUUGAACCACUUUUAGUACGUGUUCAAUCAAACAAUAGGCUUGGAGUAUGUAAUGGAAUAAUUGGAACAGAUUCUAUGUCAUCUAGCUGUGGCAAAAAUAAAGGGGACCGUUUUAAAUUGUCUAUUCCUUAUGCCAGACAAACCCUAAUCUGGAAUGUAUUUUUUGACUCACAGUGCCCUGAAAUGGGACCUGAUUUCGUAUUUAAUGAUGAUACUUUCUUAGCAAAUAUGGACAUAGACAUUUUAUCUACUAAAAUACCUAGUCUUGCUAAAUGGAAUCCUAACAAUAAAGAUGCGUUACUAAAUGUUCUUAUGGAACUUCUAGUAUGUUACAAAGAUCAUCAGAUACAAUUGCUUCACAAGCAAGAGGUAUUGAAACGUGAAUAUACUAUGUUAAUGAAAACAGACAUAAGACUGGAAGAUGUCGAAACUCUAUUAUUACCUUUAGGUUCUAAACCAACAGAGGCUAGAUUUCUAAUAAGUUUAUCAGUAGAUCUGUCACAGUUACAAAAUCGUACUUGCGAAUCAGAAAAUGCUGUAGCAAUACUUCAUGUAACAUAUUCUGGAACAAAUUGGGAUCGAAUUAUGACACAACUUUACUUAACAAAACCAUUAGAAGAUGUUCUUGGCAAUACUCAAUUACUGUUACCACAUUUUCCACGUAAUAAAUUUUUAAUGGAUUAUAUAACAGAAGUAAGAAAAUGUAUAUCAGAGAAAAUAAAUGUAUUAGUCCACAGCUUCGAACAGAGAUGUGCCUUCAUGUCAGUUAUGGCUACUAAUCAGUAUCUGAAUUUAUGCGAAUAUGAUGCAGUAAACUUCACUUAUAUGUGUUAUUUAUAUGGCGAAGAUGACUUCUGGUUAUAUAUUCUCAUAACACUUACACUGAAUUUUCCUAAGGAAAAACCUAUAGUUACAUUGCAAUCAGUAUAUCAUAUGAGAGAACAAGGUGUUCCAUAUACAGAACAGAUAUAUUUUCCAUAUUCUUGUAAUUGGAAUCCACUUAAAAUGAUAAAUAGAUUAAUGAAUCAUAUUCACUGCAAAGCCUUAGAGGAAUUUAAGGCCAAUUCAAUUAAAAUAUGUUCUUAGCAAUUUACUUUAAAAUCUGAUUCAUUAAUUAAUACAUUACAAUUUAUCAUAAAUAUUUCUAACAAGAAUAAUAAUUUCACUUGAAUUUUCCUAUUCUUUGCAUGUAUUACUUACUUACGCAAUAUUUUAUGAAUGAACUAAUUCUACAUCAUUUUUUUUUUAUUUUCAAAUGUAUGUACAUAUACGUAUAUAUGUAACAACUCUAACUAUGCAGAAUAAGAUAGUAACACUUGCUACAUGAAAUACCUUUUUUUGAAAUUGUUUGUAGCCGCAUCAAUCACUUAGAUAAGUUAAUUAUCAGCAACUCGGUUACUUGAAUAUUUUGAAAGAUUCAAGAUUGUAUAUAUAUGUAGAGCUCAUCAAAUACAAUAUUUUCAAUAUAAGUUUUUUUUUUAAAAAUCGAUAAAUGACAAGUUAUUUCAGAUGGCGAUUAUUAUUAAUCUGACCACAUAUAUAAAAUUAUAACUCAGUCGUAACUGUAAUUUUUUAAAUAAAGGUUUAUGUUAAAUUAAUGAAAUAUAAA